UGCUUUUGGUGCCGCUCUUGGUACCACUCUUGGUGCCCUCUUGGUGCCGCUCUUGGUGGUGCCCUUGGUGGUAUGUUUGGUGGUGUGUUCAGUAGUAAUGCCUAUAGUAGUGGUGCCCCUAGUAGUCUCAAUGGUGGUGUUUUCAAUACUGGUGUUCUUAGUAUAGCGAGACUUGACAGCAAUGAAUCCGGAUGGUGUCAAAAUUUGACAGCAAAGAACUUGACAGUAGCAAACCAAUAG